CCAGCACGAGCCCCGAGGCACCUGGCCGGCCGGCAGGUGGCCCCCGAACCAGAGCCUGAACCCCGGCAGGAACAGGAGAACACAGUGACGACGCGGCGUGGCGGCAUGCAGAAGGUGGGCAGGAUCCUGGCUCACGUGUGUAAAGAUGGCGGAGCGCCGCAGGCCGCUGCCUUCCUGCAGAGUGUGGUGGACCAGCUGGCCGGCGGCGGCGGCGGCGGCGGCGGCGGCGGGGACAGGGCUGACCAGCUGCAGGUCGACGUCUCUCUGCACAGAAACCAGUUUGUCCUGAGCGCGGCGCAGGGAGGGGGGGGCGUCCUGCUCAGGAGGCCCGCCUUCUGUCCCAUCAAACACCUGUCCGUCACCGAGGCAGCAGCCGUCCCAUUGGACGUCCAGCGGCACGGCGUGGAUGUGGGCGUGGCCAUCCUCCUGCAGUCGGCCAAUCACAGGGUGCUGCUGACUCGGCGGGCGGCCGGGCUCCGUGUGUUUCCUGGAGUCUGGGUUCCUCCAGGCGGCCAUGUUGAACCGGACGAGACGCUGCUAGCCGCAGGCCUCAGGGAGUUACAGGAGGAAACUGGACUGAAACUGGAACCAGACGAUGUCUGUCCUCAGAUCCUGGGUCUGUGGGAGUCUGUCUAUCCUCCCAUGCUGUCCAGAGGAAGUCCUCAGCGGCAUCACAUCGUCACCUACAUGCUGCUGCACUCGCCACUCACACACCUGCAGCUGCAGGCUGCUUUGCGUCCGUCCCCGGCCGAGGUCAGCAGCUGUCUGUGGCUGGACGUCCCGCUGGCUGCAGCUGUGGUGUCGGCUGUGGACGGCGACGACAGCGCACCAAUCACAGCACAGGACCUGCCAACCAGCCUCAGCGUCUCAGAUGUGGGUUCAGACGGAGCGCUGAGUGUCGGCGAGCUGCCGCUGGCCACGCUGCUGAGCCGAGCGCCGGCCGGAGGAGCCGACGUGGAGCGAGUCAGCACCGGCACCAAGUUCGCCCUGGAGCUGUGGCUGGACACACACACACACGCACACACACACGCACACACACACACACACACACACACACACAGCAGAGGAGACAGGAGCUCUCUGAUGAAAUAAAAAUGUGAAGCUGACAUUAAAAAGCUCUUCUCUCGCUGCGUCUUCAGUU